UGCGUCGACCGAUAUAAUCACCGAUUUGGACACCUAAGACAUUCCGCUAGAUUACCGGACCUGGGUAGUCCUAUUAUACCAUACCAUACGAGUAUAAUUCACUCGCCGGGAGCUGUAUGUUUUGAGGGCUGGCUGGCUAUCCAUCUACUUGUAUAUACCAUAUUCCUGUUGAAUGUAUGGCCUCUUUAUUUCACUCAAGGCUACAAUACCAGAGCCCGAAGGACAGUGUUUCGUAUCAAAAACUAUUGUAUAAACCGUUGGAUAUCCGGUGGCUAUAGCUAUGUGUUUGAGCCCUCACUGGAGCCCCUGUCGGCCCAAACUGUGGGUCAACUGAUAGCUACCUGUGCCGAGGACUCGCCCGACCGUACGGCAGUGGUGUCUGUCCACCAAAAUAUCAGCAAAACCUAUGGUGAACUCAAUUCCGACGCUAAUAAACUGGCAAUGAGUCUGAGGGAACUGGGAUGUGGUCGGGGCGACCGGGUGGGCAUAUGGGCCCCCAAUUGCUACGAAUGGCUACUCACCCAAUACGGCACCGCAAAGAUCGGCGCUAUUAUGGUUAACGUGAACCCGGGCUACCGGGCCAGUGAGCUCCAGUAUGCCUUAAAUCUGGUGGGAUGUCAUACGCUGAUAUGUAGCCAACGGUUUCGGUCCAGUAAUUACUGCGAGAUAAUGAAUGAUAUUUCACCUGAACUUUUGGGCAAUAAAAAUAGCAAGGUUAUUGAUUGCGAAAAAAUCCCGAGCCUCAAGAAUAUUGUAAUGAUAAACAGCGCGCCCAAUGAGCCGGACAUCGCGCCCACACAUGUCACCCGUUUUGACGACUUGCUAACCCCUGACCACCAGUUCCCCGGCGACGACCCCGCCAUACAGUUUGACGACCCAAUAAACAUCCAGUUCACAUCGGGCACCACUGGCCACCCAAAGGGGGCUACCCUUACCCAUCACAGUAUUAUACAGAAUGCCUGGUUUGUAGGCAAACGUUCACUCGAGGGACUGGACCCUAAGGGGCUGAGG